GGGGGGGGGCCCUCGGCUGCAGCCCCCGCGGGAGGGGCCGUGCCGGGAGGCAGGAACGGCCCGCCCCGGCCCGGAGCAGCGCAGGGGGGCGGCGCCCGCCCGGCGGGACCGGAGCUCGGUUGCCCCGAGCGGUGCUCCCGGCCCGGUGCCUGUUCCCGGUCCGAGAUCCAGCAUCGGCGGGGGGGGGGGGGUGUUUGGGUUUGGGGCGCGGAACGCACGCAACUUCGGCGGCGCGGAGCGGGUCUGCCGGCCCGGUGCCCCCCCGCACACCCCGGUUGCCGGUACCGGCCCCGCCAUGCCCGCCGCCUACCCGCAGCGAGCCCUGACGGUGCUGCUGCUUUUCGGUACGCUGGCCGCCGCCAUGGCCCUGCUCGCCUCCAGCCUCAUCUUCCAGCUGCCGUCGGGGCGGGCCGGUCCCGGUGCCGGUACCGGAGCCGGUGCCGGUCGAGGAGCUCUGCCGGAGCCGGCGGCCGCCGUGCUGCUGCCGGUGUCGGCCGUGCUGGCCGCGCUCUGCCUGGUGCUCAACGUGAGCUGCCUCCUGCUCUGCCUCCUCCACGGCUACUUCAGCACCGAGCUGUGCCGGGGGCAGCCCGGGCCCGACCGGGCAGACUGGUUCCUUCUGGACAGCCGGACGGUUCGCCACACUGCCAUCGGCUUGUUCUGCUGCGGGGUCUCAGUCUACCUAACAGCUCUCGCCAUCUACAUGCUGCUGCUGUUUGAACUGGAGGCUGGCAUUGCCAGUGCCUGUAUUCUCUCCUCCGGCAUCAUCGUCCUGUUGAUCACGGUGACGCACGCCCUGGUACGGGCUUCCCAGGUUUCACGCCGCAGCCGCUCCGAGGCCUCUCACACGCUGUACGAGAACGACUCUGCCCAGCACGGCGAAUCCUCCACCAGUGAUCUGAACAACAAGAACACGGCCGCACCCCGAUCCCGGCCCGAGAUCCACCGGGAGUUUUCCUUCCCUCCUUUCUUGGAGCGUAAAUCCCAGCUGGGCUCUCCGGCCAGCAGCAACCUCACCUCCUCGGGCAGCCCCGGGCUUUGCUCGGAGAAGGAGAGCUACAACCUGCCCCGGACGCACAGGACGCUGUCGGCAGAGUCGGGCCUGCUGCAGGCACAGGGCAAGCCCUGGAAUGGCGUCACCCAGGAGAUGAGGAACGUGCUGUCGCGUAAACCCGGAGCCUCAGGCAAGGACUCGACUCUGGUGUGAGUGGAAGUGGGACUUUUUUGCCCCAUCUCAUCCCAGGGGAGCUGCAAGCACCAGGGUCACGAUUUGCAUCUCUGUUUAGAGCUAUAUAUAGGUCACGUCUCACCAGAGCAGGGGAAUGGCUGCUUUUCCCCCCCUCCUCCCACCUGGGGGCCUGCACAGCCACUGCCUGAUGCUCUUUGCUUCUUUUACUGAGGAGACACCACCCCCUCGCAAAGCCAAAAGCCUUCGGCCGCCUGCUCUGAGCCCCCAGCCCCUCCUGCGAUGCUGCUGGCACUUGCCACGCCACGAACAAGGACCACGUUGGCGGUGACGCAUGCAGGACCCCCAUGGCUGUCCCAGCUGCAGCUGGGUGAGAAGUAGCGAGUGGACCUUGUCCUUGAACAGACCUACCCUCCUUCUCCAGCAGAUCCCAGCUGAUUUCCCUGGCUGGCUGUACCUCCCUGCCCUUCCCCUGCCUCCUUCCUGCCUCCGCCACCCCCAGGAGCCAGCAGGACACUGAGACAGCUCAUACAACCGACCCAGCAGGGCUUCCCCGCAGCGUGCAGCCAGGCAGGUGUAAGGAACCGAAGGAGGUGAUGGAGGAGCAACAAGUGAGAUGGAGCCAGAGCAGCCUGCAAGCCACAGAGGGUGGGUUCGGGGUGGCAGAGAGCCUGCUGCUCGGUCACCAGCACAUCCACCCUCUGAGCAGGACACACCUUGCUAAGCAGGGUCUUAGCAGGGAAAGGGGCUGUGCUGGGGCAUCCCCAGUGCCCGGCUUUGCUCAGUGGCAGAGGGACCUCCCUGGGGAUUACCUGGGUGCCACCAGGAGAACAGUGCUGAUUGCUGAGGUGCGAAGGGGUUUGCACUGGCACUGCCAGUCCUCUGCUGCGUGCAGGGCAGAAAGCAGGAGUACUAAAGGCAGCAGCUCUUGCUGUGAAACACAGGCAGGCUUAGCUCGCUCCGUCCCUGCGCUGACAAACGCCUUGCUGGUUACUCGCAGCCCCACGCUGCCAGCCCUGCCUAGGCCCCGAGCAGCAGCACGCUUGGUUCUUCCCCAAUUCCUUAUCAUUCAGCAAUCAGUAAAGCACUUCAGGGAGCGAAGGGAAGCCACCGAUUCAAAGAGAUUCCCAUGCUAUUAUUCUGAAAGACACCUGUUAUCCCGAGCACAAUACAAUUUCUUUGGAAACUGAGUUUAGCACUGCUUUGAUCCCUGCAUCCUUGGUAAAUUCUUCAGCAGAAUUGUUAGUUCCAGGAGAGAUUAACACUGAAGUUGCAUCCUUUUUAAAGUGACCUCCAAAGCUGAGCAUAAAGCUCUGCUUCCCAGUGCUUGACAGGGGAUGAAGAAAGUCCUUUUUUGUUGUUUUUUUUUUUUUUUUUGAAGAACAGGACAGUUUCUUUUUUCACUUGAAAGGCUCCAACCCUGUGUGUCUUUGUUUUGCUCCAUACCCUUUGAAACACUCAGAGCCAGCAGGCUCCAAGACCCCCCAGCCCGAGGCGAGCAACAGGGGAAGGUUUUAGACAGAACUUUCUUGUUUUUCCUUUUUAUUAUUGUUCUCACUAAAACCAAAUUCAGCAACUGCCUGGCACACACAUGAAAAACUCUCCUUGCAGAAUGCCUCCUGAACAGAGCUGAAGUGUGCCCAUAUUACGUCUUUACACAGCCAUCUACAAAAUACUGAAAGCAAGACCUAGUUUUUCUGAGAUAUUUCUGUGGCCAAGAGGUAGAGGGAAGAACAUCUCGUAGCAGUCCGCCAUCGAAAUGAACUGGAAAGGACAAAUGCAGAUCCACCCCGUUGGCCUUUUGUAAAGUCCUGCGGAAAGGGACACAACUGCUCCCCAAAGCACCCCCCGAAGGCAGUCCUGACCCCAGCGGCAGGAUUUGCCUGCUCAGGAGCAGCACCUUGUUACUGGGAACAGAGAGGCAGGCAGAGACCUCUGGGCAGCUUCACAGACAGAGCGGGUGGGUUCUCACUCCUCCCCGUGGCUGGAGAAGGUGGCAGAGGAUGGCUAGUCUUGUCUGAGAUCAGGAACUGGCUGGAGGAUUCUUUGCUUGUGGGGCAACAGUGCUGUAAAGAGAAAACGACAGUCACGUCCAGCAGGCAGGCAGGACACCAGCAGCCUUGGGAAUGUGAAAAACCGGGGGCUCCCUCAAAUAAAACCUCACUGCUUGCAGCAGGAGAGCAGCUUAGACAAGCACACCUUUCAGCGUGCUGUGCAGCCUACGGAGCCGCAUACACCAGCCCCCGCGGGUGUCGAGUCAGCAACCUCUGCGGCCACACCGUCCUGAGAACCACUAAAAACACUCUGGGCUGCACAGAGCGUGACCCUGCCAUGCUGGGAAAAUACAGAACCUGAACCAGAAGCGACUAAGGCAGAGUCAUUCUGCAGAGACAGAGGCGCUCUGUUCGCUUCGGUGGUUUUAUCGGGGAUGGGCAUUUGGGGGUUUUCUCACUCCUACCCAGUCAGGCACCAAUACCAACACCAACCUCAGGAGAGACAAAUACACCAGACUCAGAUCACCUGCCAAAUGAUAUUUUAGUAGCUGUAGUUCAACCACAAACAUACAAAAUGCAUCAUCGUUCUGCUACCACUUAUCUUUAUGGGACUCUGCCCAAAAAAAGCCACAUACAUGACAGAGAACAGCACCGAACGUGGCCUGUCGCCUGCUCCAUCGUGGUAGCAUCAUCCCAGUGCCUUUGACACAACGAAGAUUUAAUGUAUCACACAAACAAACAUCCCUUUUUAAAUAAGGAACUAAAUUAUUUCCCAGCUACCCUUUUGUAAAUGAGAUUAUUUGCUUCCCAGUAAACAAAGCUAGAAGAUCACUGGAAGGCAAGCAGCACGCCCUUUCAAAUAAGUCUAGAAUCGUAUCACUGAGGUAACUGCUCGGCAUAUUUGCACUGGGCUGCAUUAUAUCACCACACCCUCCUCUGCCAGCUGGAAGGGUCACUCAGACAGACAUCCCCUUGCUACCUGCGGCCCUGAGCAGCGUUCAGCUGAUCCUUCAUGGCUAUGGCAUGUUUGAGCAGACUGUCGAUGCUCUUGAAGUACACGCUGCUGUCAGUCAUGUUCUUUAUGGCACUGGAAGAAGAAAAGAGGGGGGUGGGGGGAGGUGGAAGACUGGUUAGUAUUUCCAAAGGCAUCACGGUUUUAGAGCACGCAACCCCUGAUAAAGAAGGCUGUAAAUAAGAAGCCUUAACUUUCUAAGGCACAUUGCAUCUUCACACACUAGUUAGCUGGGGGGUGGAUUUACUGCAGGAGAUCAGCAGGCCUGGGGAAGAGCUGGCACGCUCAUCGGAGCAAAGCCCCCCCAGAUUGAGGGUAACGGUUCAGAGAGCACUGCCUCGCAGCCUCACGCCCCCACCCCGACUACGCUCUCUCCCUGGCUUACACCAGGGAGGCGUCAGGGAAGCGCAGGUGGCUUCUGCUUUGUUUCUACGACACCCCCGCCUGCCAACGCAACCACCCUGCUUGGAGGAGUCUCUUGUACCUGCAGGCGUACUCCACUGUGUAGAUGGCUCCUUGGCUUUGCUCCUCCCAGCUCUGCAUGUCGGACUGGAAGAGAAGAGAAGGUGGCAGCGUUGGGCGCACGCUGGACAGGCGCGGCAGCGCAGCCCGCAGCGAUACGCUCUGCCAGCCCUGCCCGAACCGGGGCUCUGGCUGCUUCUCACUGGAAAUUGCAUUUGGAUUCUGCCUCCUGCUUGACAGCCUGUGUCACGCUCCAGGUGCCAUGCACUAGCAUUUAAAAGACAUUUAUUGUGUGUAUUUCUGGAAGGGCUACUAGUUCAGGCCAAUACUUUGGAUGCUCUGGCAAAAUUCUCCCUGUUUUUAGUGUUUUAGCCCACGAGCCAGCUUAGAGACACAGUCAGCCAGGCUGCGAGCAACCAGCAGCUGCGCUGAGCACAACAGGCCAGCUGCAUGUUUGAGAGUGCUCAGAUCUCCCGGUGCGUCUGGCCCCGCAGGCAGCCAGGAUCUGAACUAACACAGCUCCUGCAGAGUCCAGUCCUCGGUCCUUCACGCAAAAACCAGGUUAAAGUUUCUUUCACAGCACUGAAAGUUCUUGUUUCAUCGGAUCUGCCAUUCAUAAACACCUUCACAGCUGCGAGCGCCCCUGUCCUCCAGUCUGCUCUGAACCUCUGGCACCUGAUCCCAAGCAGCAGUCAGCACCGUGCCCUUCCUUUCACGAGCUUGGAAGGAGCCCUGUAAACCUCACACAAACUCAAGCAGCACUGUAUGCAGCCAGUUCUGGCAUGGGACGUAAUUGUACGCUGUAGCUCCAAGGAAAGGGAAAAAACCAAUCAAAAACACAAAUCACAAUGAAAGCGCAGCUCAAUUCAGAGGUAUAGCUCAAUAGAUAACUAUUUCAAAGGUCCUUAAGUAGUUUGGGCACUCUUUAAAAUAUGUUCUCAUGGGAGCUAAUUCUCCAGUCUAUUCUGCUGGGUCUAGUUACAAGCCAGAGGAAAUCCAAGGGCCUCUUUCUGUGCGCGAAAGGGUUGGGUAGAACCUUGGACUUCAUCCAGAAUCACUUCUGCUGUUCAAAGCCUGUCCUACAUCAGGACGCUUGACCACAUAGCUUUAAUCUACAAAAGAAACAAGCCUCUACAUGCAAUGCUCUAGGCAGUUCUCUGCAGGAGAGCGUCCUUCGACCCAGGACUCGCAAUCCCACAGAGACCGCGCUCCUCCCAGAGUCCAAGCGCAUUUUACAUGACCAUAUCUGUUGCCGGGAACACGCUUUGUGUGCAGGGGCAGCUGCAAAAGAUGCAGAAACCUCCCUGCAGCUCCUCACCCCGCUCUCUCCAAGAGGUGCCAGACGAGCCUUAACAACCGUUUAGACCCCGACAUCGCGCUGGCUCAGCCGGACGUGUCGGAGCCACUUGCCUGUGGUCCUGCUGUUUCUGAGCACCAGUAGAUUUUAAUCAUUUCCCAGUAUCAAAGCCAGCCAUGUCUGUGCCCAGAGUUCCCACCACUUCCUGGGAUUUUCAUGUCCUUAAUUAGGAACAAGAGCCUUUCCCUAGAGCUCCUCACUUCUUAAUCUUUGCUUGAUGUCCUUUCUUCAAAUUCCCAGGACGUGCCCUCAGAUGCAGUUUAAGGACUAAAGCCAGCUAUUAAUAUACAAUAGCACUGAUGAUAUAUUACUGUUGCUUGGAAGUAAAUUAACAAGAUGUAAGUUCUCAAAAGACCAGGGGAAAUGCAGAAGGGCCGCUCUGUGCGGAGCGGGGCUUAGCAGCGCAGCUACGACGCGCGGAGGCAGCGAGGGCCUUGCAUCACGCCGCCUCUUAUCAGGGAGAUCGUAAAUCUGCUUGGAGAGUUUGAGAUGGUGAGGAAGGUAUUAAGAUUAUUGUGUUAUCAAAUCGCAGAAAGUUGCUUGUUGUAAAGGCAUGGAGGUGACCUUCUCUUUGCAGAAACUUUUCUCCCAGCCCCCUCCCUCCCAGUUUUUCCUAGGUUUAAUCCCCCUGGGAAUUUCAAAGGCCGUGUCUCAGGAGAGCUCAGCCAGGCAGGGAUGGAGUUGCUGCAUGGUUGAAGGAAAGCUGGAAACCACCAAUAAAUCCUGUUUCCUUUAUACAUUACCUACAUCUUGGGACUAAAUUACCUGAGAAUGGAUCCACACAGAAUGUUCCUUUUUCCUCUUUUCUGUUCUGAAGAAUUAAAAUCACCUCACUUUAA